AUGGACAUUUUUACACCGAAAAAGAUCAAACCAGCGAACAAGACGCAAGUCAGGACGGCUCUCUUGAACGGCGACACCACACACACGGUAUCACUCGAGAAUCCGAUCUCAGCGGACUUACUUGCAUGGCUCUCAUUGGGAAUCAGUAUAGACCGCCAGAGGGUGGUCAUUGCGCGACUCGUUCGGGACUUGCGGCAGAGCUCUACCGACAAGGCGAAACUGACGAUUUCGGAGAAGAGGCAACGGUUGUCAUCGGACAUUCGAUCGUUCAAUACUGACGGGACAAAGUAUCUCAGUAACGCUCCUCCCCGGCUGGUCGUUGGCCCCGGGGAUCUCGGCGAGGAAUGGGAUUCCCUCGAAGACUAUGGGACUGACGCAACAGCGAACACGCCGCAGGCAACUGACUCCGGCAGUCUAGAGAAACUUCCCAUUCUCAUGCCGUCCUCACUCGGUAUUCGGUAUUGCAAGGAUCACGGUCUGCUAGACGUCGUCCUUGCGGAGCGAGAACUUUGGAAGGGAGAGAUGAACGAAUGUCUAUCCGGUGUUCGUGACGGGAUUGACACCAAGUCCUACCUUUACUACGCUCGAGUUCGCAACGCCACUUCCGUCUGCAAAUCUCUCCGCUCCUUUAGCGAGAUCCAGACGGUCGACCACUCGGUAGCGAAGUAUGUCCGGCUCUACAUGCUUUCUCGCACCGCCCUCGCUGCCCUGUACGACCCGAACGACCCUGAAGAUGUCAAGAAAAAAUCGGAUGAUCUGGUCAUUUACAAGCCCAUCACGAAGUCCGAUCUCACUGUCAACACCACGAUCCUGGAAGCAACCACCAGAGGUGCUCGGAACAAGCACCCUUCAUGGAUCUGGACGUUUACCGGAACAUCGGAAGAGGGCUCCACCUUGUACAAUGAUGAAAGUACGUGGCUCCGCCCACUGCGUGGCUACGAGCGAAAGGACCGUUGGUGGGAGAACCUGAAUGCGCUUGACCUGGAGAUGCUUUGCGUGGUGCUGGAUUUUGCGCGCCUCAAGGAGAACUGGUUCCGCCGGGCCGUGUUCAUGGCGGAGUCACCCUGCCAUAAGUGUUACACUAACGGACAAGCUCGCAUGUGGGAGAGAAAGGAGAAGCAGAGCGCAGAUAUGUUCCGCACUGUCCGUCUCGCGCAUCCUAAACCUCUUCAGUAG